UUAUCAUGUACAUGUUAGUGCUUACAUUCUAAAAUGAAAGUAAAUUUUAAAGUGCUGUGUUUUAUCCGUUAUUUUAUUUCAACCAGAGUAUUAAAAACGUGUGUUUAACUUCUUAAAUUUCAAACGAAACGGGUAUAUAAACAUGUAUAAAUGCUUAGUAGACACGUGAUAUGUAAACAUCGAUUUCGGGGUGGUAUUUAUCCAUUUCAUUGAAGGUGUAAAAUGCGGAAGUUUAAGCUUUAAACCAAGACUGAAAUGAGAAAUGGGAGACGAGUUUGAUCAUGACAGCGGAAGAUCUUCUCCUCUUGCUAGUUUAACUCUCGCUCUAGCAAAAGAAAUGGUGAACAAGAAUGACGGUACCGACUUUGAUAACGCCAUACAAUACGUGGUCGGAGCAGUUUCUGUACUAAAACAAAACUACAACGAGGCAGAACUUGUCAAUAGCCUGAGGAUGAUACAAAGUUGCAUAAAGAAAGAAAAUGUUGAUGUAUUGGAGUAUUUGGAACGCAGCGAAGUGUAUGAGCAUAUAUUUACUAUUCUAAAGCAUCUACCAGCUUCACUCGAAAUACAACAGGCCGGAUUCACGGUAUUGUUUCAACUGUGCGAACACUCUCCAAAGUUUAGGACAACAAUAAGUUCCAGUGGAAUUCACAGCUUCCUCUUGGAGCAGCUGAAGGAAUAUAACACAGACAAAGAAAUCCAGUACUAUGGAAUAAAUGUUCUUGCCCAUCUGCUGUCCAUAGAAUCGUUCAGAGACCAGAUAUUACUUGACAAACAGGAAGAAGAAAUCGCUCACGUGAUCUGUGUUGCAAUACAGUCAUUUCCGGAAGUGCAGUCUAUAGAAAUCGCUGCCUCCCGCGCUAUCAGUUACUUUUUAACAGAUAAUGAUGAAAAUGCGGACUUGCGAGCGUAUUUCAUAGAACAUGUUUGUGACAGUGUGAUAGACGCUCUGCGUAAAGAAACAGAAACUGAAACACAGAUUCGUAUACUCAACUGUCUCUUUGGCAAGGAAGAGCAACAGAAAAUGACAUUGGUGGAAAAAGAUGUUCAUUUUACAUUGAUGGAGUUAUGCAAGAAAUAUCCGACCAACAAAUCAUUGAUGUCUGAGGCAAUGGGGUUACUAGCCUUACUUAGCACAGAUGAUACUGUCAGGACAAUUAUGUCGACAAACAGCUUUGUACAGAAUGGUCUGUUUGGGAUCAUGGAUUUUCUACGUCUGUCUGAAAAGGCGCAAAGGGCGGGACUUAGAAUGAUGGAAAUAUUAAUGCCAAGUAUUCUAGAGAAUAAAAGUAAAGCAGACGAGGUAUCUCAUACUGUGGUCAAAUGUAUAUACAUCGCAAUGUUUACACAGAUAGAGUACGGGUCUGUUCAGCUUUUCCUUCCUCGACCGAAAACUGAACAAUUUAAAAGAAGUUUUACAUAUUCUGGUGCUACUAUCUGGAAUUCCUUACCAAGUCAUGUUGCAGGGUGCCGAACACUGUCCGUACUUCUAGAAAACCGACCAGAAGCGCAUAAAUGGAUAGGUGAAAACUCGGAGGAAAAACAGUACCCCGUCCACAAUCUGUGUGUUGGCGCAUUAUUUUCAUUUCGCAAGAACGUUGAAAUAUUUGUGUCAGUAUGUGAAGCUAUAUUCUGGAUUGCUGCGGAUAAUGAACGUUUAUGUACGUCCUUGAUGUUAAAGAAUGUGCACGUGGCAAUUAUAGACGGCUUGCGACGUCACGGUCAAAUGUCUCUGGCUGUAGAGACCGGAUGCAGAGCGUUACGUGGGCUCUGCAUAUUCUUACAUGAUCAUAAGAAGGCUGUCGUUGAGUAUGACGCGUUCGCUUUGCUGACACAACUUCAGGAACGUUAUAAAAAUGACGUCAUGGUACAGAUAGAGGUGGUUAGCGCUAUAGCAUGCUUAGCAGAUGUUGAUGUUGUACGGUACCAGUGUUUUGUUGAGGAGAUACCACAGAAAGUGAGAGAAUGUAUGUACCAGUUUGCCGAGGACACGAUGAUACAAGAAGCUGGACUAGAGACAUUUGCCGUGCUGGCGGGUGCAGAAGGUGGACAAGAAAUAUUACUGAAUGAUGGUGCAUUGAAUGUAGUUUUAGAAACAAUGGAAGGUUCGCCAGACAAUGUUUUGAUCAUAAAGAAGGGGCUGAUAGUGUUACAGCUGCUAGCGAGUCCAACUGUUGUACAAAACAAGGAAACAAGACGGACUAUUGUUACAAUAUUGAAGUCAGCGCUCCAAAAUUUUACAGACAGCAAGGGUGUUCAGUCGGAGGCGUGUGUUGCACUACAAUUACUUGCCGAAGUAGACAAGAAAAUGAGUCGUGCGUUUGUAGAUGCAGACUGCCAUGAAUGUUUGUUCCGGAAUCUGGAAAAUGACAGUGCAACAGGUAUACACGAACUUAGCAGUGAAUGUUUAUUUGUGUUGAGUCAAGAACAAAACCUGAAGUCUGACAUGUUGCUUUCUGCCUGUAGAAACGGAAUGUUGCCGGCCACAGAAUGCCUUAUUGAGCUUGGUGCCGAUGUCAACACUGGUGAAGGCAGCAAUACACCAUUGUUUCUUGCGGUUGCAAGUUUGCACGAGGAUGUCGUGAAGUUUCUGCUGAAGCAAGAUAUACAAGACCUCAGGACACCACUGGUCCAAAGCUUAAAACAAGAGAGUCACACAAUAUCUGGACUGAUAUUGCAACAGUUAGGCUAUGAUAGAGACGGUGGAGUUAUAUGCUGGAGUGGACUGGAACUUGAUAGCCUCGAAGAAAAGUGGAUUGUAACUGCUUUGGCUAUUGGGCUGUCCUCGGCACAGGAUACAGAACGUGGAAAAACUUAUAUCGACAAAAUAAAAACCAGUGAACAGAGAAGAAGGAAAAGAAAAUUGGGAAAGCUAGCAUACUCCAAAUCUGACUCUUACCUGAAACACCCACAAGUUAGACUUAGACAUAAAAUCAUAUUUGAAGACAAACCAAAAGAGGAAACAAGAGCAAGACCGCAGGAUCCAGUGGUCCACCCUACGACGUCUAUGGUAGUUGUAACUAACUCCAACCCAUUCUUCGAGCCGCCGCAGCAGAGGUUCAAUCGAUCGGUGUCUACCCAGGAUUCAGGGCCCGACCUGUCUCCUAGAUUUCCACGUAUAACUAGAUUACCGACAAUCGUGGCGGGUAGUCCCCCAGAGGAACCAGAAAUUCCUGUGUUUGAUGCAUCACAGACGGAUGAAGAGGAAUGGAGAGAAUUCACUCUGAGUGGAGCAAACGUGGCAUAUAGUUCUAACGAUCCAAGACUACAACCGUCACCAACCAACCCUAGAAAAAACUCAUUAGAAAAAGGUCAAUGGAAAAGAAAGCACAGAACACCCCUAGGAUCUGUUUCAAGCGAUGAGGGAUCGUCACCGCGUUUAGGCGGUCGAAAGGCUAAUCUCAAGAGAGAGAUGUCAGAGCCGGUACUGUCUGAUCUAGAGCAUGUCAAACUGCCAAGACGAAGAAGCGAAGAAUUUUCAAAAGAUCUAGCACAGGAAUUUAAAACACUAGUAUAUUUCGACAUAUCCGAGAACUGUGUACGGAAUGUGACGGCACUAGUAUCACCCAAGCUGACAGAUAAUUUUACCAAGUUGCAUACUCUGGAUCUAAGAUGUAACAGGAUAUCUCAACUGCCUGUCGAUAUGUGGAAGAAUUUGCCAAACUUACAAACACUAGAUGCGUCAGAAAAUGAGUUAGAAACGUUUCCUGACACACUGUUACAGUGCAAAAAGCUUGAAGAACUAAGAUUAGGCUUUAACAAGAUACAAAUUGUGACUUUGACAUAUUUCAACACAUCAUUGAAGAAACUGUAUCUGACAAAAAAUCAGUUAAAGGAGCUACCAGACGAAAUUGGUAGAUACUUGCACAACGUUCAUGAACUGCACCUAUCUCAGAAUGAUCUGAUAGCUUUGCCAGAUACCUCUAUCGGGCUCCAGAAACUGCAGACACUUGACCUGUCUCAUAACCAGAUUGACUGUGUACCUGACGAGUGUCUUUUAUCAUGUACGAAGCUAGAGACCUUGGAUCUCUCAUACAACAUUCUUACACGCCUCCCUGAUGAGAAAUAUGCAGAAAAGCUCUCAAGUCUGGCUAAACUGAAACUUCGACAUAACCACCUAGCUGAAAAGGAACCUUUUUACAUACCAAGAUUCAUUCUUCAAUUACCAAGCUUGAGGACCAUAGACAUCAGUGAAAACCAGUUGACGGGAUUUCCUUCACUGUCCAACUGGAAGACACAAACUAUGAAGGAUUUUAUUGCAUCGAAAAACAAUAUCACAAAGCUCAGCUUGGAAGACUCCAAAGUUUGGUCGAAGCUAGAAAAACUGCACGUGUCCCAUAAUAAGUUAAAAAUGUUACCGAAGGAGAUUGGGCAGUUCACGUCCCUGACAUCGCUAGAUUUCAGUCAUAACAAAGAUAUUACGUCACUUCCGGACGAGCUUGGUAGAUGCUCCAAAAUAUAUGAGAUGCCAAUAGAUGGACUGGACUUGGAUAUUAGUAGAACUGUAACAGGACGAAGAGUUAAAGACAUUAUCAGUUACCUACAUAACAGAUUAAAAAAGGCACAGCGAUAUUAUCGUAUGAAAUUGAUGGUGGUUGGAUAUGGCGGGAGGGGUAAGACAACUUUGUUGAAGACUCUGAUGAAGGAAAAGAUGAAGAAGAAGGAGAACAGACCGACAGUUGGUGUUGUUGUCAAGGAUUGGGUGUACAUAAUGUAUGACAGAAGAUCAAAUGAUGACGGCAUUAGACUGUUCAGUUCGGGGAGAAGGGUACAAGUUACACUGAAUACUUGGGACUUUGCCGGUCAAGAGGACUUCUACAGCACCCAUAACUGUUAUCUGUCAAACAGGGCAGUUUAUUUAGUAGUGUUUGACCUACGGAAAGGUGUUAAUGAAUGUGAGAUAUUGAAGUCUUGGUUAGGAAGCAUACGCUCUCGUGCACCGGGUUGUCCAGUAUUUAUUGUAGGAACCCACUUGGAUAAACUUGAUGAGGGAAACAGAGAAAAGAGAAUUACACAGGUUACAGAUAUGUUGAGGGAAAUCAACAUCAAACCAGGUUUUCCAGAUAUCACGCAUGUUUUCUUGGUAGAUGCUUCAUGUGACAAUGAAGAUAUGGAAGAUCUAAGAAAAGCCAUUAAAACUGUUGUUGACCAAUUUCAGAUUCGUGGAAAACGUGUGAUGGGUGAGAAAAUACCGGCCAGCUACGUUCAAUUAGCUGACUUGUUGUCGGAGAGAGCUAGAUCUGAAGAAUGUAAAUAUCCUGUGCUACAGUAUAGGGAACUUUCUGACCUUGUUCACGCAAAGAAAUUAGACUUAGACGACAACGAAUUACAGCAGGCAGUUCAGUUCCUUCACGAAUCUGGCGUUCUGUUACACUAUGAUGAUGCAUCCCUGAGGCUGAAGGAUUAUUAUUUUAUAGAUCCAGGAUGGUUGUGUCAGAUGAUGGCUCAAAUAAUUACUGUUCGCCAAAUCAACCCUUUCAUCAAUACCGACGGGAUUUUGAAGAAAAGAGACGUUGAUAUUCUGUUCAAGGGAAGUACGAAAUUUCCGCAGUACCUGAUACCCCAGUACAUAAAGCUGCUGGAAAAGUUUGAGAUAGCACUUCCGCAUUCUGAUACCGAACUACUGAUACCCUCAAAACUUCCAAAAGCAAAACCAGUAAUUCAUCCACCUGGAUUGAUUAAAAUAAGUAGAAUAUACCGAAUGCCACACGUUCCGAUCGGUCUUUGGUUUCGCCUGAUUGCACGAAUGAUAUCUAUGACAACACAUAUCGGCUUUCAGUCAAUAACAAACCUUGGUAAACCACAGAAAACGGUGUGUUGGAGGAAGGGGCUGUACAUUUAUUGGUCAGAGUUUGAAUAUUUUCUCCUAGAUUCUUCAACGGACGCAGUUGAACAGAUAGAUUCAAUUCAUAUAACAGUGCCUUCCUCGCGUCAGGGCUCAAGACUACUAGGGCAGAUUGUGGACAGUCUUGAUAACCUUAUUGAUGAGUGGUACCCAGGAUUGACCUGCAUUGAUCCGAUGAUGGGACAGGAGGUUCUAGAAAUACUGGCACCAUGUAGUCAAUGUAAAGAUAGCCCAUACAUGUUUACAAUACGAGAGCUGAGGACCGUUGCCUCCAAGCAGGACUUUGUACACUGUCCAUCACAUGAAAAUGAUAUCCAUAUUGGAGAAGUAGCCCCAGAUCUUGUACUCGGUGAUUUAGAAGAUGAAUUAAAACUGGACAGUAGUGAGUUUAUUUUAGAAGAAAGCUCCGACAAACAACUUGGAGAUGGAAGUUUUGGUGAUGUAUACAAAGCCACGUACAAAAACAAGGAGGUGGCAGCUAAAUUAUUUAAAGAGGUAGCAGAUGUUCACGCUUUGACGAUGCUCAGGCAAGAGGCUACAAUAAUACGGUGUCUGAAACAUCCGAGCGUAGUAUGUAUGGUAGCCGUUGGCAUCCGACCGCCGGUAAUUCUAAUGGAGCUGGCCCCAUAUGGAACACUCGGACACCUGUCAAAGCGAGAACACAAACGGGCUCUUCAACACAGAAUAGCUUUACAGGUUGCUGAGGGUUUAAUGUACCUUCAUAACAUAAUGAUCAUCUUCCGAGACAUGAAACCAGAAAAUGUGCUCAUCUUUAGCACUUCUUUAGACGCUACGAUCAAUGCAAAGAUAUCCGAUUACGGUAUAGCUAGAGUGACAACGCUCCAAGGUCAAAUGUCACAGGAAGGGACACCUGCAUUCAGAGCACCAGAAGUUAUAAGAAAAGAAAAUUACUCAUUUAAGGCCGACAUUUACUCAUACGGUUUGACGAUGUAUGUUAUGAUGACCAAGAAGCAUCCAUUAGACUACAUGGAUUCUCGAGGUGAAAUGGACAGAGCGAUUGCCGAGGGAAUUACAAUACCACAGCCUGAUAGCGACAGAGUGUCACCAGUAAUAUGGCCAGAUAUGACAACUAUAAUAAUGAGUUGUCUAUGCUAUGAGCCUGAGGAAAGACCACAUGCUGAAGAGGUGUGGGAAGCUCUACGUCGACCAGAGGUUGUAAGUCUGAAGAGGCAUAUACCUGUGUCAAGGUCAACUACAGUGGAGUGCUUAUGCGUUGAGGACGACGUAUACUUUGCCGGAAAGAAAGAUUUGAGACUCUGGAUAGCAAGUGGAGAUUCUGAAACUUUCCAGUUGUCCUAUAAACUUGUCAGUGACCAUUCUUCUGAAACAAAAGGUCAACUCUUCAAGUACGGUCGUAUAUUAUGCAUGGAAUCUCUCGGUGAUCACCGUCUUGCUCUUGGUACACAGGUUGGGAAGGUCUGGGUUUUUGACACGAGUAAAUGUAAUCUUUUACAUGCAUCGGCACAGCUGAAAGAUUCUGUUUUGAGUCUGAAACAUGUAAAAGGGGAUAUCGAAGGUGGAGUUUUACUAGCUGGUCUAGCAAAUGGAAAAGUCGCUAUAUUUCCUUUACAGGAAUUACUACAGGAUGGCGAUGUAGAUCCAAUAUGCCUGUACCCAGGAUACGAACACGAGCCGGUGGUGUGUAUGACGAAGCUAGGUCGCCGAAUAUUUCAUUCUUGUGGUACAAGAAUUAUAGUGUUGAAUACAACCAAAGGGAAAGGAAUUGCCGUCGACAAAGAAAUUGAGACGUCAGAUUCUAGGGAUCCGUCGUGUCCACCUAUUUAUACACUAGCAGUAUUGAAGGGACAUAUAAUAUUCUCAAGAAAGUCCUCAUCAAUUGUAGAAAUAUGGGAUGCUUCAAAUCAGAAAAUUCAGAAUCAGUUUGGUGUCGAAGAAAAGUUUGGAAUACCAAAGACGGAAGCCCGGGUAACAGCAUUAUCAGUUGACAGUACGUCGCUUUGGAUAGGUACCCAUGGCGGAUAUAUAGGGGUGAUGGAUGUGAAAACACUCAAUGUUAUUGCGUUAACUCAUCGACACAUGAGGGCCGUACGGAGUCUCGUACAUGUCAAAGAUAAAGGCUCCAGUCGCAAUAAAAUCGUUUUCAGUGGAGGUCUUGGAUUUAAAGACAUUGGAAACUUCGCAGCACAAAAACAGGAUAUGUGCGGCUGUGUUUUAGUGUGGGACUCGGAAUUUCCUCAGUAUUCUAAAGCUGUCGCCGACUAUGAAAGGAACAGGAGAGCGUUGCAUUCCUCAGACUCUGAACAAAUAAUAUAUAAACGCAGUGGAUCUCAGUCAUCUCAAGGUGGAGAUGAAUCUGUCACCUAGAAGAGUGUGUUACAUAAAGGCAGAAUGGACCUAGUGCAAUCAAGAAAUAGCUUUGUAAUACAACAAUGUAUUUAUACGGCAUUGUAUAUGGCAUUGUGUGUAAGGAGAGACUCUGUAUAAUGUAAUAUUGUUAAGCAUUGACUUAUUCUAAGCAUGAGAUAGACUGGAGACAUGAAACACGUAUUUGUGCAUUCUUUCGUGACAAAGAGCAUAUCCGUGCACUAACUCACAGCUUGUGUUUUUCUUUUCAGGUUGAUUUGUGCAUACAAUUAUUCUUGUUAACAUUCAUAUUGUCUGUCUGGGAAUUAAUUCACCUUUCUUAAUGACCUGUCAAACUAAAAAGAGAUUAAACAGCCGGUAUCUGUCAAGCUUAUAAUUAUCAUACAAAAAUUGUUGCGUACAAAGCUUCUUUCAUUUGUGUUAAUACUGUAAUUUCGCAAACAUGACUGCGUUAUAUGCUUGUAUAUAGUCAAUAAAUGAUAUUUUAUUAACACAUGUUUACAUCUAAGGAUAGUACAUCAAUUAUGUAUUUUAUUACAUAAAGUUAUGUCCAUCAAGUUAUACUGAAGAGAGAGUAAACGUUAUAAUUGACACUUACAGCAAAAUUUUUGGCUUUUUAGAAACAUCAGAAAUCCAAAAUAUACUGUACUUUGCAUGGUAAUUGUUUCAAAAACCCACUCGAAUGAAAAAAAUUCAAUAGUUCCAUGGUGUAAUGUGGUUGAAUUACGAAAGUUCAUUGCUUUUUGUAAAAUUCGAUCGUUGGUUUAAAUCUAUUUUGAAAUGGGAUAAUAGUUGUAUAUCGUCUGUUCAUUUUUUGAUCAAAUACUCUGCUUAUUGAUGACGAUGAAUAUUAAAAUGAUGAAUAUAUAUUUAUAUCGUACCGUUUAUUGAUCAGUAUCUACGCAGAGACGAUAGAGAUUAAGAUGGCGUCAAUAAUGAUUGUUACAUAUAUAUAUCGUACCGUUAAUGUAUUGAUCAAUGAUUCCAUGGGCUGAUGCAAUUGAGAUUAAGAUUAUGAUAAUAAUGAUGUUAAAUAUAUAGUACCGUUUAGGUGUUGAUCAAUAAUUCCAUGGGCUGAUGACGAUGUCCAGAGAUUAAGAUGAUGAUAAUGAUUAUGGUUACAUAUUUAUAUCGUAUCGUUUAUAUGUUGAUAAAUAAUUCCAUGGGCUGGUGACGAUGAAGAUUAGGAUGGCGAUAAUUAUGAUGGUUACAUAUUUAUAUAUAUAUCAUUUAUGUAUUGAUCAAUAAUGUUGUUGGCAGAUGACGAUGAAAAUGAAGAAUAUGAUAAUAAUGAUGAUUACAUUUUUAUUCUAGUGUUAUUGUUAUCUUUGUUUUUGCUCUGAACCAAACAUUGUUAUAUGUUAUCAGAAUGGCUACUGAUUCUAGUAAAAUAUCGUUGUUGUUUU